UGAUUUAGUUUUCUCUCUCUGACUACAAAGUGCCCAUUCGUUGAAACCAUUUUCUUCCCAUUUUCGAUUUCUGUCAAAAUUAACCAACGACCUCCACAAUCUCCAAAAACUCUUUCUUGAAUAAGUUUCUUGAUCUUAAAACAAACGAUCUCAAAGAAUGGCACGACACGAUCCUAAUCCAUUUGCUGAUGAAGAGAUCAAUCCUUUUGCGAAUAAUACAAGUGUUCCUCCUGCGAGCAACUCUUAUCUCAAGCCACUUCCACCGGAACCUUAUGAUCGUGGUGCAACCGUUGAUAUCCCUUUGGAUUCUGGCAAUGAUCUUCGAGCUAAAGAGAUGGAACUUCAGGCUAAGGAGAACGAACUGAAGCGGAAAGAGCAGGAGCUUAAAAGAAGAGAGGAUGCAAUAGCGCGAACUGGAGUUGUCAUCGAAGAGAAAAAUUGGCCGGAGUUUUUCCCUAUAAUUCAUCAUGACAUUCCAAAUGAGAUUCCAAUUCAUUUACAGAAGAUCCAAUACGUCGCAUUCACCACAUUGUUAGGUUUAGUAGGAUGUCUCUUGUGGAAUAUUGUGGCAGUAACUGUAGCUUGGAUCAAAGGAGAAGGUCCCACUAUAUGGCUUCUCUCAAUCAUUUACUUCAUUGCUGGGGUACCUGGAGCUUACGUCUUAUGGUACCGUCCUCUUUACCGAGCUACCAGAACUGAUAGUGCCCUGAAGUUCGGAGCUUUUUUCUUUUUUUACGUGUUUCACAUCGCGUUCUGCGGCUUUGCUGCAGUUGCUCCACCAGUCAUCUUCCAAGGAAAGUCUCUCACAGGUUUCUUGCCAGCACUUGAGCUUCUAACUACUAAUGCUGCAGUCGGGAUAAUGUAUUUCAUUGGUGCUGGGUUCUUCUGCAUCGAAACACUUCUCAAUAUCUGGGUCAUUCAGCAAGUAUAUGCAUAUUUCCGAGGGAGUGGCAAAGCUGCAGAGAUGAAGCGUGAAGCUACAAAAUCGACCUUGAUGCGUGCACUAUGAAGAAAACACUCUUCACCAGAAAAUGUAUCAGUGGCGGCUUGAGGUUAAAAUCUUGAAUCAUCCACAAAACAUUUGACUCAACCCUUUUCUCUGCAAAGUCUAGGCUGGCAACUGUUUUACG